AGCAGCGAGGAAAUCACAAAGCUUAGACAAAAAGCAACGGACAUGCACAAUGCUCCUCCAAACAAAAGAAAAGUAACGCAACAUCAUAAUGCAAAGAAUCUUUUAGGCAACUUUACUACGACACCAUUCAUGGAUUCCAUCACCUCAAAAGGUUGUCCAAACAAUUCACAAUUGAACUUGCUGUUUCAUACUUCCUGUAAUAGUCUGCGUUCGAUUUGUUUGCCAAAAAGGUUCGAUCGGAACGAGCCGGUUUGCUUCAGGAUGGAUGGCGCAUCACCAAAACCAGAGGUCACGAUCAUGAAACCCGUGCUUCUGAAGGCCGGAGUGCCUCUAGUUCUAUCCAUGGUGGGUUUCGUAUGCGCUAGGAUCAUGUGGAGAAGAGCCAGCGGCAUGCAGUCUAAAUCUUCAUCGUCGCAAGACCAGGUGAAUGUGAACGACUCCGAUGGUGAAGAUGGUGGAUUUGAUGAGCACUCGAGCUCUCGCAGCUUGAAUUUCACGUGUGCAGACUUGACAGAAGACGAAGAGCGAGUCGUGGCGAAUCCACAAUCUUUGAUAGGAGUUUGGAACCAAUCCACUCGUGAUUGCGAAGGAGAAGAGAUGUUAGCCUUGACAAGCACAGUCAGGGACCUUCAGGAGAGAGAGCUGAAGCUGGAGAUGCAGUUUCUCCGGUACUGCAAUUUGAAGGAGCGAGAAUCGGCGUUGAUGGAGAUAGGAAAUGCGUUGCUGUUGGGGAUGUCCCGUCUCGAGCUUUUGGACAGGGAGGUUUCGCACAUGGAAGAAGAGAGCAAGCGGAUGGCGGAUAUGGCCGCCGAGUAUUUCAAGGUCAUGGAGGAGCUUCAUUAUUGGAAGUCUCAGAAUGAGAGGAUUCAUAGGAAGGUGAGGAAGCUCUUGAGGAAAGUGAAACAGCAGUCGAGGGUCUUACGAGAGAAUGAUCUGAGGAUUGAAGAGAGAGAGAGGGAAACUUUGAAGAUCCAGAGAGCUCUCGAGUUGAAGACGAACGAUGUCGAGGGAAUGGAAGGUGAGAUUGACGGGCUAAGGGCCAUGUUGGAUCGAUCGGAGUGGGACAAAGAUGAGCUUCGGAUCGAAUUGAGUUUAGCACAAACAUCAGCUCCGCCACUCUCCAAGAGCCAAGCGGAAGCGACAUUGACCGAAGAUUGCAGUCGCCUGUUGAAGGAAGUAGAGCAGCUCCGAACUGAACGGGCGGUGGAAGAGAAGGAACUGGUUUACCUGAGAUGGAGCAAAGCUUGCUUGAGGCAUGAAUUGACGAAGAACCACCAUGUCCAUGAGCAGGACAUGGUGAAGGGCCAUUCUUCUGAAUUGGCCCUCGCAGAUUCGACAAUUAUCAAAGACUGCGACAACAAGAAUGGACUGAAAAGGUCGAACUCUGAGAAUGGCGGGUACUCCUCUUGCGCAGGGACUGGCGAUCGUGUCCAGUCGAAAAAGGCGAAGAUACUGCAUAAGCUCAAGAAAUGGGUGGAGGGGAAUGACAGGACGAAUGCGAAAGAAGCCGAGAAAGCGAAGCACAAGGUAGGGUGCUUUGUGAGGCAUUCGGUUUCGGAUGAUGCAGAGGAGGAGCACACGGUCCGGGCUAGAGGAUCAUGUUCCAGCGCAUAAAUAUGGCCGCGACCAGUGCCGAUUUCGUAACCGAAACCGCUAACACCAAACCAUGACACUGAUUGUAAUAAGAUCAUUCAUUGUGUUUCCCUUGAAUCUUCCUGAACUUAAUUGUCAAUAACGAGCCCAGUACCACUUGCUCUGAUC